AUGGACAACAGCACAAUUUAUGUCCGAGAAAAAGGCAGCCUUCGUCGUGUCGGUGACAUAGUCCUGGCACAACCUAAACCAGCCUCAUCAUGCAGGAGGACGAAUCCAUUUGUGCUGAGGAGGGAGCAUUUUGUUUUCACCUACAAUGAAGAAGGAAGUCUGAGAUACACCUCAAAAUCUCUUUUUGACAUCACUCUGUUGUUUGUUGCUGACAACAUCCACCAUGUGGACUCUCUGGUAGGCUUCCCAGAUCAAAUAGGCGAUAGACUUUUUGUGGCAGCAGAGGAGAAUCGUGUAUUUUUAAACCCAGACAUUUCUCCAAAAGCUCUCAAGUUAUUCAGUGAUGCAUAUGGUGAAAUGGUGCUUAGAUCUCUCUGUCUAAGAAAUAGGUUUCCUCUCUUACAUGAACGGAUGGAUGAGAUCAAAACAUUUCACAGUUUGAAGUCUUUGGAUUUCAGUCUCAUCCAGCUUUUCAUCGGUGGCAACAGUCUGUCGGAUGCUGGCCUGCAAAGACUCACAGCCCCUAUUCGGAUGAUGCAACGAGGACUGGACUGCCUUCAAGUCCUGGAUGUUUCCUACAAUCCACUCUCAGACAGGGCUCUCAGAUACAUCACGUGCCUCCCAAAGCUCAUGAAGCUUGAUGCAUCUGGGACCAACAUGAAGGUUAACUCAGGAUUGAAGACCACCAUGCUGAAUUUGCUUGGGCUAAUUUAUUCUGAGAAACCACUGGACACCUUUGAUCACUCAGGCUGUAAAACAGAGGGUUGGGCAGAGCAGGUUAUCAAUCAGUGGGAAACAAAUGGUUCGCAAAUGUCGAAACAGAAGAAAAUUGAAGAGUCUCGGACAGCAGCUCUUCGCUUUUUUGGUAGACAGAAGUUUGUGAGAGAUGUUCUCAAUGCAACUCCUUUGAGUGGUGAGGAGUCCUGUACGGAGCAGCUGCAUUUCUACAGACCCACAUCAAACAAUCACCUAACUGAGAUUCAGGUUUCCCCCACUACAAACCACCAAGUGAAAUCUCCCUCCUGUAAUCUCAAAAAAAGGAAGCAGGAGCCAGGAACAUGCAGUGCUUCACAAAAUAGCCCCCCAACAAAGCGCUCGCCCUCAUCGUCUCUUACUGCAGAGGACAUGGACUUGCUGAACAGCUACUGA